CUCCAGAGAAAUCUGGAAAAAUGUCAGAAAAUCUCGCAUCCAGCAAAGGUCCAAAAACCUCAGCAAAGAAACAGAAAGGUGGAAACAAAGCUAAGGAAUCCUCAAAAGGAAAAGGAAAACAGCUUGAUGAAAAAGAUGAAGCUGAUCUUUCUAUGGCCAGUAUAGGCCACCCAGAAAUCUUUCCUUUAGUUUUGACUACAAAGACCCAAGAAAUUUUUAAUUGCCGAGUUGAUGAAGAUGUCACAGAAGAAAAUUGUUUCAAAAUUAUUAAAAAAGAAGAUAUCAUUCAGGACCUGGAAACAAGAGCUAACAUUUCUGAUUUCUACCCUGUCAAAAAAGUUAUCCUAGACUAUCCAGGGGAAGAACUUUUGGUAGUUUUUGAUGCAAAGUUCCAGUACGGACAAAACUUUUACAUUGUUGCUUCUGAGGAAGCCAAGGAAAACCUUGUAAAGCCUCAAACUGCAGAAGAAGAAAAAGAAGAAGAUAGAGAGGAAGUUCUGGAUCCUUUUAAGCCUCUUGUCCCCAGACCCUGGGUUUCUCUUGGCAGCGAAAAGGAAGUUGAAGAAGAAUCUGUUAAAGACAAUGUUACAAAGAUUAAAUUCAAGAUUUCUCGAGUACGCAGGAAGUUUGGUGCUCCAAUUGCAUUUGCUGAUAAGAACGCUUCACAUGAAACAGACAGUUACGUUGAAUGCACCUCUUAUGAAGACAAAACUUUCAGUAUUAAAAUGCUUGAAAAAGAUGUGGGGGUGCAAAUAGUUCCAAAAGUAAGAGAAGCUAGUACUCAGACAAAAUGGACCUAUCCAAAAAAUGCAGCCACGCAGUAUUGUCCUAGGGAGUUCUCAGAGGAAGAGAAAGCAGAGAGUCUGUCAUCUGAGAGGCUGAAAGAAUUUCUUACAUCAGUACACUUAAGAGUGGAAAUUGCAUUGCAGCAAAAUGAAAUUAUGAAUGCUUUUUUUGAUGACUGGAAGGCCCUAGCAGAAGACAAAAGCAGUUCUGAUGGCAAGCCAGAUGUUUACCUUAAAGCACACCAAUCAUUUACCAACCUGCAGUACCUCAAGGACAGAACCAUUAGCUGCGUUUGCUGGCAUCCCAUGGCUUCUGGGAUUAUAGCAGUGUCAGCAAGAGAGCAGCUUUCUUAUGAAGAGCAAAUUAAACUUUCUAAAAAAUCACGGCUGCACCGAUCAGUAAUACUUUUUUGGAGUUUUUCUGACCCUAUCCACCCCCAGUUAAUAUUGGAGUGUCUUGAAGACAUUUACUGCUUCCAGUUCAGUCCAAGUGAUCCAAAUAUCGUUGCUGGUGGUUGCACCAAUGGACAGGUUGUACUGUGGGAUAUUUCUCAAUAUGGAGAGAAACUGCAAAUUGAAAAACCUGUUGCUGAUGAAGUCGUCGACUCAGACAGUGAGGCGACAGCAGUGGCAGAAGUGGCAACUAAGCCAUCACCUAUGCAAGUCCAGCAGAGUAGCACAGAGCCACCUCUAGUGAAAUACUGUGCAGUCUCUUCCAGAGAGUAUAGUCACAAAAAACCAGUAACAGAUAUACAAUGGCUGCCACAUCAUUCUGAGGACAACCAAAACAGAGGUGAAAAUUGCCUGCAGCUUGUAACCUGCUCCCCUGAUUGCUCAAUAUUAUUUUGGGAUAUUCCAGCCAUUGAACAUCGUGAAAAAACUUCAUCUGGUGUUCCAGAUACUUCUAAGCAUUUAGAUCUCUCAUGGAAACCUCUCAUAAAGAUAAGUCUGGAUGAAGGGGAUACCAACACAGAGUAUGGUCCCAUCAGAAUUAUCUUAAGGGAACUGCAUUAUCGUUACAAAACCUCAGGGAAGGCAAAAUCUCUGAGUGCAGUAAGAGCACCUGCCAAAGAGAGCCCAUAUACAGAGAUGAGUAGUUCUUCAAGCAAAAAUCUAGAAGUGUUAGAGAAUAUAUCCGCCAACUUUUUUGUUGGAAAUGAAGAUGGAGUAAUUGUUUAUUCUGACUGGAAAAUGAAAAUUGAUACUAAUUCGGCAAAACCAGUUAGUCAGCAGCAGACUCAGAAAUACAGCCUUCACACUGAAACUAUCAACACUCUUCAGAGAUCUCCAUUUUUUGAAGACACCUUCCUAAGCAUUGGGGGCCAGAAUUUUGCCAUUUGGAAAGAAGGGGUUACAAAUGGACCAAUCCUUCAGUCAAGCUGCUCUGCAGGAAGAUACACUGCAGGACAAUGGUCCUUAGCAAGACCAGGAGUUUUCUUCAUUGGCAGAGAUGAUGGAAAUCUAGAUAUUUGGGACUUACUGAAGAAAACUCAUGAGCCAUCUCAUUUCCAGAACAUCUCCAAAUCAGUCAUCACUUUCAUCAGCCCCUGGACUGCCUCACCGGAGCAGCAUUUUUUAGCUGUUUCUGACAAUCUUGGAGUACUGCAUGUUUUGGAAAUCUGUCAAACACUAAGUCAUCCUUCGAGUAAUGAGCAUGCCAAUGUACUUGAUUUCUUUGAAAGAGAAGUCAAAUACCUGAAGUACUGUGAACAAGAGUUUCAAGAGUAUCAAAAGUUUCAAGCCAAAACAGAACUGAAAUGGAGCUGGAGGCACAGAGAGAGAAAACAAGUAUGACUACUCUAUAGAAAACAAGAGAUGGAGGAGCAAGAAAACUGUGUUUCUGGACCUGGAGAAGCAGAUAAUAUUGGAUUUAGAGACAAGAAACACUUCCCUCACUGGAUACUUAGAGCCCAUUAUCACCUUUAGAACCAGUGAGCUUUUUAUUUGAAGACCUCUAUUUCAGCAGAACCUGUUUAGCUUUGGA